AUGUUAUUGCGUCGUCUCGGGCAAAACCUGAUCCUAAAUCAGAGAAGAUUUUCCAGUGAGAUGGCAUACUCGGAAAAACGAUUGAUUGGAUUUUCCCGGGACGAAAUGUUUAAAGUCGUGUCUGAUGUAUCCGAUUAUCACAAUUUUGUUCCAUGGUGUCGGUCGUCUACAGUAACCCACGAGCACGAAAGCUCACAGAUUGCGACGCUGGAAAUUGGGUUUCCACCACUUUCAGAGAAAUAUUCGAGUCGUGUGAUUCACAUUAAGCCAUCUGUUGUUCAUUCUGUCGUCAUAGAAAAUGAUAAUCUCUUCCGCACACUUGACACUACGUUCCGGUUUGGAAAAGGAAAACCAUCUGUUGAACGCUCAUGUACUCUUCACUAUGACUUAGUUUUUGAAUUCGAGUCAGCUUUUCACUCAAGAAUCGCUCAUCUUUUCUUCGAUAAAGUCGUAAAAACUAUGGUUUCAGCAUUUUUGCACCGCGCUGAAAAGCUUUAUGGACCACCGGAAUUCCCACACUCACCACCGCAGGUUUUACAGUACAAAUCUUGAUUUUUUUAAACUUAGUGACACUGUAAUCAGAGUAUUUAUUUGUAAAUUUUAAAUUUUUUUUUCUUGCUUCUUAAAUAAAAAUGUAGAUUC